UUCUUCAACGGCUCCGACUGAGUGUGUAACCCGCGCUCUAUGCCUGCUGACUUCGCCCUGGAACCCCCUUUUUUUCAAUGUUACUUCACUUGCGCGAAGCGAUAAAAAUAAUAUAUGGAUAACAUCAUCACAUAAUCCUCUUCCCCCCUUACAUCUUCGAUUCUUCUUCCUCUUUCCUCUUUUCCUCUUUCUCACACAUCACUCUCACUUUCACACUCUGCACUUUACAUAUCCUUUACAGCUGCAGCUGAUACCUUCAUUCCCGCCUUCGCCAACGACAAACCUACCUUAACUCGACUCAAGCACACCAAUCAAAUACGUACAGAACAAUUAGUAAGAGAACAUGAGCGAGUUCAAUACCGACAGCGACAGCACCGUCAUUAGCAUCAGUGCGGCCAGUGCCGUUCAGGAUACCGCCGACCAUGGCGCCAGUACAAGGACCGGCAACGGUACCAUUGACACCAAAACCAGGAGCACAGCGGAUUCAUCCGCUCCACCCGCAGCAGCAAUUGCUUCUUCUUCCACUCCUCCUCCUUCCGCUCCAUCCGCAGUAGCAAUUGCUUCAUCUACUCCUCUUCCUUCCGCUCUAUCCAUCUCCUCUGCGACCGCAGAUACCACCAACACCAACACCACUGCAACCACAGCUUCAGAGACAGCUGAACGUGGUGACGACUCUAACAAGGCCACGCUCGCCGCUGCUACACUGCCAUCAAAACCUCCGGCUAUCCUUCUACCACCUGUCGAAAUCGAACCAACUGCAUCGAACAAGAAGAACGAUAAGGACGAUAGCAACAAGGAGAACGUCGAUCCUGUCAAGCCAGUACCGAAACUAAGGACGCCCACUGCUAGCGCAUCUAAGAUAACCAAGCCUGCGACUAGCACAGGCGCUGCAACGAAGAAGCCAUUGUCUACAUCUGCGUCUGCGUCCACAGCCAAAGCAGCAGCAGGAUCGACCACACCUGCCAAGACAUCAUCGUGUGGUAGGCUCAAAGAAGCGGCCACACCCAUACCAAGGACAUUCCUCAUUUCAGCCUCCAAGCAACGACCUGUGACCCCAGUCAGUGUAAAAAGCGGCUCGUCCUCGUCUGUUCCUACUACUUCAUCAUCAUCAGCCUCUACUACUCGACCCGCUCUAGCAACUAGCCGGACGGCUUCCGCGACCGCUGUCUCGAGAUCACUGGCCGUUCCGCCUACCACAAUCCGAAGGUCGCCCUCGACACCAUCUCUUCCGAGCGCUAGCACGGGUACCACGCGCACGAUAUCCAGUGCAGGACGAAGAGUCGCCUCGAGCUCUAGUGUAAGCACAGGAUCAUCUCCGCGCACGAGUCCUGCAGUCACGCCUUCGAUCACCAGGACUUUUAGCCAAACAUCCCUCGCGUCGACGGUCUCGAGUAGCCCCGCUAGGCGGCCACCCUUGAGGAGUACCGCUUCUUCGCCCUCGUCGGCUUUACCACUGGCCAGUCGUCCGACUGCGACGAGGACUAAUACCUCUACAUCAACAAGUUCAGUGACUUCGAGUCCUUUGGGAGUCAGUCGUAGGACACCAUCUAGUUCUACGAAUCCGUCACCGAAUUCAAGUUUGCGUCAGCCUUCGACUAGGACGACGACGACGACACGACUGACGGCGGCACAGGCGGUUACGCCGACGAGCAGUAUCCGAAAGACACCGACAUCGACAACGGCGGCCGGUGCUUCGACACGGACUACGACUUCUGGAGGCGUCACUCGACCGAUUACGGAUGCUGUCAAGGUCAAGAUGUUGAGUACACAGCUGAACGGGCUUCAGGAGAAGCAUGACAACACCCUGAAGCUUCUGCAGGAACAAGAAGAACGGAUGAGGCGAGAGCUCGAAGAAUUGACGUUCACGCCUGAACCCCAACGGAAGCCGAUCUCGUCCGAUGUGCAGCAGGUUCUGCAGGAGAUGGAGGAUUUGAGGAAACAAUUCAGUGAUGCACAGAUCCAUCAUGCCAAGGCCCUCGAGGACAUCGCGGCCGAACGCGCACUCGAGAUCUCGAUGCUCAGGGAGACUCAUGAGGCCUUGUUAUCGGCUAUGACGGCGGAGAGGGAUGCUGUUGCUGAAUCCCUGAAGGCGCUGCAAGAGUCGGGCGAGUUGAGCGAACGCGAAAAAGAUGCCAAGGUCAAAGAACUUGAGGCCCAAAUGGAGGCGUCUCUUCAAAGCCAAGCGGAAGCGGUUGCAGUGCACGCAGAGGCGUUGGAAGCCCUUCGUGCUGAUAUCGAAUCUGCCUGGACGAUGAAACACGAUGCCGAGGUCCAGGAGCUGAUCAGGGUACAUGAGGAGCAGAUCACGGCCCUGACAGAGUCUGGGAACUCGAAAGAUUCAGAGAUUCAGGAGCUUAAGGAUUCAUUUGCUCAGCAGAUCAAGGACCUAGAGGAAGUGCAAGAGUCGCGGAUGUUGGAGCUGGUCACGAAGCAUGAGACUGAGGUCCAGGAAUGGGAAAAUAAGCUGACGAGCGACAAGGAGGCCCAUGAGGAGCUGAUUGGGCAAUUGAAGCAAGAGCAUUUGGGGACUAUGGAGAAGAUCACAGCGGAACUGCAGGCGGUUCAGGCAAGUCAGGUAGAAGCAGAGCAGGAGCUGGAACGGGUGAAUGUUGAGACGAAAGGAGAGCUGGAGAGUAUGCGGGCAGAGGUGGAGGAGAUCCGGAAGUUGCUGGCAGCCAAGGAAUCGGAGGUUGAAGAGUUGAAUAAGCGAGUUGACGAAUUGAUGGAAGACCUGGAGAAUGCGUCCAUGAGCGCCAUGCUGAAGAACACGAAGAAGUACAAGGUCAAGACGGUUCAGAUCUAUGGCUCGAGUGUGAGCGGAAACUUGAAGGUGAAGCGGGCACAGCAAUCGAUUAGCGACACGUUGGAACAACUCGAGAUCGAGUACGAGUUCGUGGAUGUAUCAGUCUCGGACGAGGCCAAGCGACACAUGCGUCGGAAGAACGGUGGAGAGACACAGCUGCCACAGAUCUUUGUGGGAACCGAGUACCGCGGUGUGUUUGAUGAUUUCGAGUACGCGAUCGAGACGCAUCAGCUGCCACAGUUCUUGGGAUUCGAUCGAGUACGAGGCUUUGUGCCGCGCCAUAAGGACGAGUUCAUGAAUGGAGCACAGGCACAGGACGGGGAGGAUGCGGAGCAGGGCGCUGGAUCGCCGAACGCGGUUAUGAACGGUGUAGGUAGCCGGUCUUCGUUGUCUGCGGCGAACAGCAAGACGAAUGGCAAGAAUGUCGGAGAAACGAUGUACUUGUUGUCACCGGCUUCGAACAAGUUCCAGAAAUCGCCGUCGUCGCCGUCGUCGCCAUCAUCGAUAUCGAAUGGGUUGUCGCGUAACAGCACGACCACGGGCGCGAAGGCUGGAUUUGUGCAGAAUGCUAGUCAGGUCUGGGACGGAGCGCUCAAGACGGAUAUUACGCAUGCGAAGCAUGAUCUGGGCUUCGGGCAGCGUGCAGUGAUCAUGGAUGACGAUGAGUUGGAUGAGCUGUUCGAGCAGGGCGCGGUUACGGAGGCGGAUCUGGAGGCGAUGUUGCUGAGUGCUUGAAAAGGACCCGAAGGAAGGCUAUGACGGAUGGUGGCAGUCGAGAUAAUGCCAGAUGAAUACUUUCAGGCCAAGGAUGCU